CCCAUAAACUGAUAAACCACCUCAACUUUCUCUCUCCUCAACUCUCUUCCUCUUUCUUCUUUUUGCAGAGAUCCCAAACUUGUUGCCUGCCAUUGUCUCUUUGUUUAAACACUUUUUUAAAAUCACCCACCAAAUUUAAAAUUAAAUUUCUCUGAAAUUUCUCUGAAAUUAUUUUCUGUCUUGAUUUCUGCAAUUUUUUCGUCGCUUCAUAAAUUCGCCCAAAUUUCCUCUCUCCUCCGCCAUGGACGGCAACGAGUGCUCUUGCUCUUCCCCUUUCUCUCUCCUCAUUAACUUCUCUGUCUUCUAAAUUUCAGAUUUCACGUAUUAAAUUCCUCAUCCCCCACUUUUCCCCCACGACCUAAAAUCAUUCUUUAAUUUAAUUUAAUUUCAGAGAUGCGAAAAUCCUCACCUGAAUCAGCUCAAGGAUAUGACUCUACUGCUACUACCACUACUAUUACUGCACUCUAAUUGCGAUUUCAAUUUUGAAAUUAGGGUUUUUAGUUUAAUGGGGUGUGGGCCUUCAAAAGCUGAAGAUCUGCCAUUGGUAACCUUCUGUAGAGCUCGAAAGGAUUUGAUUAAAUCUGCUUCUGAUCAUCGUUUUGCUCUAGCUGCUGCUCACUUUGCUUAUUUCCGUCAAUUGAGGGAUGUGGGUGAUUCGCUUUUUCGAUUUGUUGAAGAAGAGCUUAUUCUUACUUCUUCGUCUUCUUCCCCUUCUUCGCUCUCUUCUCUCUCUUCCCCUGUGCUCACUCUCCCUUCCGACGACAACCCUAAAAAGAAGAACAAGGGUUUUAAAAGUCACAAGAAGGGCAAAAAUGGGUCGUCGUUUUCCACUUCGAUUUCGCAUAAUUUGCGAGGGGUUGACGCCAUGGAAGGAGAUCACCUGCAUUUGUCCGAUGACGACGAAGAAGACGAGGAGAUGGGUUCGUCUUUCGGAGAUCAUCAUCAUCGGCAUUCACAUUCGCAUUCUGGGCAUUUAGACAUUGAUGAUGAAGAUGAGGAUGAAGAAGAUGAGAGGAGAGAGAAAGUGAAGAAGAAGAAGAAGAAGAAGAAAGGAGGAGGAGGAGGUGGAAGAAGAGGAGCUGAAUCAUCACCACCACCACCACCAACACCACGACCUGGGAUUUCUUACAUUCCUGAUUCUGAGUUUCCUGGUGUUGCUAGUAAUUAUCCUUACCCCUUUGAUCAAUCUUAUGCUAAUAAUAGUAACAAUACUUCUAAUUAUAGUAAUAAUAAUCAUCAUCCUUAUUAUCAACCUGCUCCUAAUGUAAAUAAUAAUGGUAUUCCACCUUAUUAUUAUUCGAACCCUAGUUCAAGUUCAUAUUACCCGGAUAAUGGUUACAGUACUAAUUAUGAUUAUAAUGGUGGUAAUUAUAAUUAUAACAACAAUGGUGCAACAACAUCUUAUACAACUUACUAUAUGAAGAAGUCUUCAACUAGAAUUCCCUCUGUUAUUUAUGAAGAACCCAGACAGAAUCCGGUUUAUGCUUUCUCUGAUUACAAUGGUCAACCGAGUUAUUCGAAUUACUCGAAUUUCGGGGUUAGUGGUAUGAGUUCGGAGAAUAGGGGAAGCAAUGUGCCGCCACCGCAGCAGCCACGACGGCCGCCAACGCCGCCAUCGCCGAAGGUGUCGGCAUGGGAUUAUUUCAACCCGUUUGAGACUUUAGAGGGUGGUGGGGCUUAUUCGGGUUAUUUUGGACAGAAUCCGAGUUUUGGGUUGGAGUCGAACUCGAGUAGUCCGGAUUCGAGGGAGGUUAGGGAGAGGGAAGGGAUUCCGGAGUUGGAAGAGGAGACUGAGAGUGAAGUUAGUAAGGAGCCUUAUCACUAUGAUAAUAAGAAGAAAGUGCAAGAAGAGUUUAGUUUUCCCAAAAAUAAGAACAAAACUGUUCAAUUUGAGGAUGGUAAUGGUAAUGGUAAUGGUAAGGGGAAGAAUAGGAAGAGUAGUGGUAAUUUUGAUGAGGGUAAUUCGAUAGGGGUGAGAGCGAGGGAAAGGGUGCCAUUGCAGCAUCCACAAAGGGAGGAGCCACCACCAGAGCCGCCAGUAGAAGUGGAGAAAGAGUCAGAUGUGAAAGGAAGAAGCAGCAUUAGCAUUAGUAGUCCUGAAACUGAGAGUAACUUUUCUAUAAGUAUAGAGGAUGUGUCUGUUAAGAAGAGAGGGGUGAGCUUUGAGGUAGGUGGAGGUGGCGGUGGCGGUGGAGGUGGUUCGUCUCGUGAUAUUGAAUCAUCUAAGCUAAGUAGCUCUACAAUGUUGUCUACUAAUGGCACCCGUGAUCUAAGAGAGGUUGUAAGAGAAAUCAAAGAUGAAUUUGUGGCUGCUACUGAUUACGGGGAAGAGGUUUCUGUGUUGCUUGAAGUGGGGAAAGAGCCAUACAAGUUUCGGUCCUCCUUAUUGAAAGUGAUUCUGGCGAGGGUCUGCUCAACAUCACUGUCAUCUUCGUAUUCUCCAUCUUCCUUGCCCGGUGGAUAUCCUAGGAAUGCCGGGGAGGAUUUUGACUCUCGGAGCCUUGCAUCAACUCUGGAAAAGCUAUAUGCGUGGGAGAAGAAACUAUACAAGGAAGUCAAGGAUGAGGAGAGGCUCAGGGUUAUGUAUGAGAAGCAGUGCAAGAAGCUGAAAACUCUAGAUGAUCAAGGUGCCGAGAUUAGUAAAAUUGAAGCAACUCAGGCUUCAAUUAGAAAGCUGCUGACCAGGAUUAAUGUCAGUGUAAGAGCUGUAGAUUAUGUGUCCAGAAGGAUACACAAAUUGAGGGAUGAAGAAUUGCUGCCUCAAAUGAAGGAAUUGAUAUUUGGGUUGAGAAAGAUGUGGAAGCUAAUGUUCAAAUGUCACCAGAAGCAAUUCCAGGCAAUCCUAGAGAGUAAAACUCGUGCCCUAAAAGCAAACACCGGACUAAGAAAGGAUUCAAGCGUGAGGGCCACUAUUCAUCUCGAAGCACAACUAUUAAAAUGGUGUCAUCGAUUCAACAACUGGGUUGACAUGCAAAGGUCUUACGCCGAGACUUUGAAUGGCUGGCUCGAAAAAUGUAUUCAGUAUGAACCCGAAAUAACCCCGGACGGGGUUGUCCCGUUUUCCCCGGGCCGAAUCGGGGCCCCACCCGUGUUUGUAAUCUGCCACGACUGGAAACAAGCAAUGGAAAGAGUAUCGGGUUCAGAGGUACAAACAGCAAUGAACGACUUCGCUACAAGCUUGCAUCAGUUAUGGGAGAGGCAAGAUGAAGAGCAACGUAGAAGGGUGAAAGCCGAGAACAUGUACACGGAUUUCGAGAAACAAAUACGGGCCAUUCGAAGGGGAGGAAGGGGAGGAGGAGGAGGACACGAGCAUGAUCAUGAUGAUGCCACGUCAGACAAGAAUAGUCUGUCAAUGGUUAGUAGUGGGAUUUCCCCAUUGGAUGACUUAAAGGUGGAUUUAGACUCGAUGAGACAGAGAGUAAGGGAAGAAAGAGCGGGUCACAAGGAAGCUGUUAAACUGGUUCACGAUGCAGUGUCUCGGUCCAUACAAGCGGGUUUGAUUCCGAUCUUUGAGUCGUUGGAGAGUUUUACUUCAGAAACUUCACAAGCUUUUGAUGAUGUCAGGUUAGAACAUGACAGUAGAUCAUGAGGAAUAAUCAUGUUAACUUAGGCAGUGUAGAGUGGAUUAAGACCUGAUCAACUACAGCCCAGCCCGCUGGCCUGGCCCGAAAAGGUGCGGGUUUGCAGUAUCUCGCUCCAUACAAGGUGGUUUGAUUCCGAUUUUUGAGUCAUUGGAGAGUUUUACUUCAGAAACUUCACAAGCUUUUGAUGAUGUCAGGUUAGAACAUGACAAUAGAUCAUGAGGAAUCAUGUUAACUUAGGCAGUAUAGAAUGGAUUAAGACCUGAUCAACUAUAGCCCGGACCGCGCGGCCCGGGCCGAAACGUACGUGUUUGGACAGCCUCAUUCAAAGCCCGAGCCCGGCACCAAAAGCCCGCAUCAAACUAUGGGUUAACUCAUGAGGAAUCAUGUUAACUUAGGCAGUAUAGAGUGGAUUAGGGUUAGGAAAUAGGAAGAAGAACAUAGACCUUAAUUAGGCAAUGGAGGAAAGCAAUAUGACAGCAACUGAUUAGUGAUUGAUUACUGCUAGGUUUUCAGAAGAAGUUGCAGGAGUUUGCUGCGAGACUGGUUUCUGCUUCUGCAACAGAUUAGAGUUAGCAUCUCUUGUACAGAAUUUUGUCUAAUGUACUAGUAUCAGAAUUCAGAUGUGAAGGCAUAGUUUAGCUUGCUAAUAUUCAGUAUGUAAACGUAUUAUUAUUGGUAAAUGAUCUUGAAUUAGUGUUAAAUCUUUCAUCUCA